UCCGCACUCGGGGUGGGGGGCACACGCCAGUCCCUAGAGACACCCCCCUCCCCAGAGACAUCCUGUCUGCAGCCUUGGGUGCUGUGAGCCCAGCCUGAUGCAAGCAGCCUGGCUCCUGGGGGCCCUGGUGGUCCCCCAGCUCCUGGGCUUCAGCCAUGGUGCUCGGGGAGCUGACAGGGAGUGGGAGGGGGGCUGGGGAGGCGCCCAGGAGGAGGAGCGGGAGAGGGAGGCCCUGAUGCUGAAGCAUAUACAGGAGGCCCUGAGACUGCCUGCUGGGAGGGGGGACGAAAAUCCUGAGAGAACCCCUGAAGGCGAAGGGGUCUGGGGGGCUGAUGAGGAUGGUCUGGAGGAGGCAGAGGAGGAGGAAGCAACGCCAACCCCCUCCUACAGCCCCAGCCCCUCUCCCACCCCUGAGGACGCGGUCACUUACAUCCUGGGCCGCCUGGCCGGCCUGGACGCGGGCCUGCACCAGCUGCACGUCCGUCUGCAUGUGCUGGACACCCGCGUGGUCGAGCUGACCCGGGGGCUGCGGCAGCUGCGGGAGGCGGCGGGCGACACCCGCGACGCGGUGCAAGCCCUGCAGGAGGCGCAGAGCCGCGCCGAGCGCGAGCACGGCCGCUUGGAGGGCUGCCUGAAGGGAGUGCGCCUGGGCCACAAGUGCUUCCUGCUCUCGCGCGACUUCGAGGCGCAGGCGGCGGCGCAGGCGCGGUGCGCGGCGCGGGGCGGGAGCCUGGCGCAGCCGGCCGACCGCCAGCAGAUGGAGACGCUCACCCGGUACCUGCGCGCGACGCUGGCUCCCUACAACUGGCCCGUGUGGCUGGGCGUGCACGACCGGCGCUCCGAAGGCCUGUACCUCUUCGAGAACGGCCAGCGCGUGUCCUUCUUCGCCUGGCACCGCACGCCCCGCCCCGAGCCCGGCGCCGGGCCCAGCGCCGCGCCGCAUCCGCUCAGCCCCAACCAGCCCAACGGGGGCGCGCUCGAAAACUGCGUGGCGCAGGCCUCGGACGACGGCUCCUGGUGGGACCACGACUGCGAGCGGCGCCUCUACUACGUCUGCGAGUUCCCCUUCUAGCGGGGCCGGUUUCCGCCUCUCCAUCCCGCCACCUGCCCUUUGCCUGCGCCGUGCGCCCUGCGAGAACGCCCUUCCCUUCCCUCCCUCCCUGCGCGUGCAUGGAAGUGUGUCCCCCUGGCUGGGCGAUCCCGGGGGUGAGGGGGGCUCCUGCGGGGCCGGGACUCCUUCCUUGCCUGUGUCUUUUCUGGAAGCGGCGGGCACCAGACUAGGUCCGGCGCCAAUAAAGCCUUGUGGGUUCUGACUUGCGCAGGCAAUGGGGGCACUUUGGGCCUUUCUCUCU